UGCGCAGAUUGUGUGUCCGCCUUCCAGACUAUCUUAUCACCUGUUCUUUUUGCCGCGAUUGACAUGUGUGUGUGAGUCGAGCGAUUGAGGAGGGGCGCACAAUCAUCACGAAGCCACAGUUACAACGCCGGUUUCAUCGAUCUUUUGCAGAUUUCAUCCGCAAGAUUUCUUGGGAUUGGAUACUUCAACGACGGUGACGUCACGUCAGACGCCCUCAUUCGGCAAGUCGGAGCAAGGUCUGAGCUUCACGGCAAACACAUUGAGCUGGUCAUCAUGAUCAGCACAAUUUGAAGCCAAACACGAGCUGCAUUCAAAUUCCUUCACGGAAGAGUGGGCCUACAUAUGCGUACAUCCGUGACUUCUGCUAAGUGCCGAUAACAGCGAGAGACCUCCACUCCCUCCGUCCAAGGUCUGAAAUCUGCCAACGCCACCGGCCAACAAAAAAAGUGCAUUCAAUCAAAAGCAAAACGUCAGUCAGCCAGCCCUUCGUGGAACUGAACACAAAAUGGCUGCCAACAGUACUAGCGUCCACGUCUCUGACACACAGACAUGGGAGAAGAACAAGAAAACAACAGUAUACAAGGUUGUCGUGGUAACGGGAGGCAAGACAUGGUUCAUCUUCAGACGAUACAAUGAAUUCCACAAACUCUAUGAGAUGCUCAAGAAGAAGUUUCCAGAGGCUGACCUCAAGUUGCCAGGCAAGAAACUCUUUGGCAAUAACUUUGACCCGGAGUUUAUUCGACAGCGUCGUGAGGGUCUCCAUGACUUCAUCCAGAAAAUUAUCACCAACCCAAAGAUUGUGAAACUACCGGACGUUCAAAGUUUCCUGUCCCUAGAUGAUCCUCGUAACAGCUCUGAUAACAAUGUCAUUGAUGAGAACAACACAGAAUACUUCAGCGAUCCCAAAGAUCCAAACACUAUCAACCUUGGGCCCUCUGCAAAUCCCUCAGCCCGACCGAGUGACUUUGACUUCCUUAAAGUCAUUGGCAAGGGAAGCUUUGGCAAGGUGCUGUUGGCCAAACACAAACACGUGGACAAGGUGUACGCUGUCAAGGUCUUGGAAAAGAAAGCCAUUAUGCAAAGAAAUGAGCAAAAGCACAUCAUGGCUGAAAGAAAUGUCCUUCUGAAGAACCUCAAGCAUCCAUUCCUGGUUUCCCUCCACUACUCAUUCCAAACGCCCGACAAGCUGUACUUUGUCCUUGACUACAUCAACGGUGGUGAGCUGUUCUUCCAUCUGCAGAGAGAGAGAUGCUUCCCUGAACCCAGGGCUCGAUUCUAUGCCGCCGAAAUUGCCAGCGCCAUCGGCUACUUACACUCACUGGAUAUUAUAUACAGAGAUUUGAAGCCGGAGAACAUUUUGAUUGACAGUGAGGGGCAUGUUGUCUUGACAGACUUUGGUCUGUGCAAGGAAGGUAUCGCAGCCAAAGGCACUACCUCAACAUUCUGUGGAACACCGGAGUACCUUGCCCCAGAAGUCUUGAAGAAACAGGAGUAUGAUCGUAGUGUAGACUGGUGGUGCCUAGGUGCAGUGCUGUAUGAAAUGCUGUCUGGAUUGCCACCAUUUUAUAGCAGAGACACUGCCGAGAUGUACGACAACAUUCUCCACAAACCGCUGCGAAUGAAGAGCAACUUCUCUGCUCCAGCUAAAGUCAUUCUGGAAGGGAUGCUCCAGAAAGACCGCAAGAAGAGACUUGGUGCAGGGGACCAAGAUUUCCAAGUCAUCAAGACCCAUGAGUUCUUUGAUCCCAUCGACUGGGAGGCACUGUACGCUAGAGAGAUCACACCUCCAUUCAAUCCUAGUGUUAGCAGCAACAUGGAUACCAAGAACAUUGACCCUGAGUUUGUUCGUGAGCCUGUACCGCAGUCAGUUGGUCGGUCCAUUGAGUCCCACAUGGUUAGCGCCAGCGUACAGGAAGCAGACUCUGCCUUUACUGGCUUCACAUAUGUCCCACCAAGCGAGGCAUUUGAUGACUAAAAGACCAUUCUGCAGUGUUUUCCUUAAACAAAGAAAAAAAGGCAAGUCUUUAAAAAUCCAGCUUGAAUGCUGCGCCUAGUGUGCUGAAACAUUGGGUGAGUUUUGUUGAGAUUGGGUGAGAUUUGAAGAAAUUGUUUGUUGUAUGAUGUGUGCUAAUCUCUAUUCUAUUAGAUUGUAUUUUAACAUCGAGGUCAUCAAUUCAUUUGUACAAAUUUUUUUCAACGUUUCUGCCAAAAACUUCAACCGCUAUAAAUGUUUUGUCAUUUUCUAUGCGAUACAAUGUACAAUUUUCGUGCUGAUUUUUGAAAUGACAUGCACAUGUCAUAAAUAUGUUCAAUAUUUUUUUGUUACAUGAAAAAGUAUUUUGAAUAUUGACAAUAUCAGCAAGAGUGAGCUUUUAAAAUAUUCUCUUUGAUGAUGUAUGAAGUUUGAAAAUGUCUCGGACAAGUUCAUGUCCCUAUUAACGUGUGUCCCUACAUGUGAAGGAAUGACUUGUACAUGUAUUCAAGUUGAUUCUAGUUAAUUAAUGUGUGUUUGUCAAUGCUUCUGAUUUCGUUGAUCAGGAUGGAAAGACAUUCAACACUUGUUUUCAAAAGCAAUUAAAAAAUUAAAGAAAAUUCCAUGUAAUUUUUAUGAAAAAGGUAUAUUCCAAUCUAAUGGUAUUUAAUUUAUGAAGAAUUCUUCAACAUGUGCAUUCCACCAAAAAAGUUUCAAUUUACAUUUGCCAAAUACAUUCAGAUAACUUUUGAACUCUUUGCUAUUACAGAUUAUAUCCAAGUUGCUGAUAAAAUGUACAAAAUGUGUGAUCGCACAUUUUUUUCAUAUAUCUGGAAACUGAACUGAAAUUUGUGUGUCAUAUGUAGAUCAAUCAUAGAAUUUAGUCUCAUUUCAAGUCAUUUUUGUUCCUUUUUUCUUUUGAGAUUUCUGAUUCUAAUACAUUGUCAGCCAGUAAGAUAUUCUGUCUGACAAAAGACGGCUGGUGUCAAGUAAAGUUGUUUGUAAAGUAGUUUAGCACCUUUGUUUUUCUCUAUCACUUUGUUCAUCUUUUGAAGCAUUUUCUUUUCUUAAUUUUCAAGAGGUUUGGGUUUUCAGUUCAGCAUUUGUGUUACGUUCCCGAUGCCACAUUUGAAACUGUAUUUCAGAUACAAAAUUUAAUGUGACAUCUGAGCAUUUACGUUAACAUUAUAGUCACUUUUUUCACUUCAUUACUUUUGAUAUUGUGUUGUUUGCUUCAAGUCAAGAAACGUUUUACAAUUGACAGAUUUAUAUUCAUUCCUGUACGUUUGCUCACUAAGGCAGGUUAAAUCUCUGCCAAAGAGAUGCGUGCCAUUCUGAGUUCACCACAGAUCCCGGUUUUCUUUGCUUGUUUGGGGUUUCCCCCUCAUCUUUCUAAGUAUUUCAAGGUUUUGUAGUUUUCCCUGAAUCAGGCAAUGCAGCAGUGUAAUGACUUCAGAUGUUACAUGAUCAAUCUGUUGAUGGCAUAAUAUUCCUAUAAAAACUGCCGCAGGUCUAGAUGCCAAAGUGUUCAGCCUUCAAGACUUUUAAGAGUACGACCACUCAAACUAUUCAUCAAUUUUUCUUAUUUGCACUUUUUUUUAGUCCAACGAGGCAGUCCCUAAAAUGACCAGUAGAUUUGCCCGUACAUAUUACACCCUUCUUUUUCAAGUAUAUGGAGAACAUUGCAUUUUGUAAGGUUAGUUUAAAGUAUGCCAGUUCUGAAACACAAAUAUUCAUGGACCAAAUUACACUCAAAGAAGAGAUCCCGUAACUUUCAAGAUGAUAGCAUUUAGAUGCAGAUAAGAAUAUUCUAUGGCUGUAAGAAAAAGAUUAUUACGCAUUUUACUCAUGAAUGUUUGGUGAAGCAGAAGAGGCUUGUGGAUUCUUUUGAGACAAAUUUGUUUUCGACCCAAAUACUGUCAUUAAAAAGGGAUACUACACCAGCCAACUCCAACAUCUAGGAAAAUUAAGUGACUUAAAAUAAUACCGUUCGAAUGUGCCAAAUAAAUGUAUAUGUUUCCAUUACUGUUUUGCCCCUUUUUUACAGUGAAAGGUGAUAGCUGUCAAUUGAUUUUUCAUAAAUGACAACUCUAAACAGUCUGAAAUUAAGUAAUUUGAACCUAGUAAAUGCAGGCUUUGUAACUUAUAUUGCUUUUCAUUAAUUUCCAACGGAGUUUUGAAUGCAGCAGUUAACGUGCACCAAAGCUUUCUAUUAUUUUGAAAUAAUUGCACUGUAAAGAAAUGAUUGUCUCAAUUUGGACAAAAAUAUACUUGUUAUUUUCAGACAUGUUGUGCUGUAAGUUCAGUUGUAUGUGUAUGGACAAUAGUUUACUUGUGUACUCUUGCUUAUGCACAUUUAAUUAAGCGAACCAACCAACCAAAGACAUUCCCUUAUGUUUAUUCAUAUUCCUGUACGUAUAUUCAGAUAUGCAGAUUGAUAUUCAUUAGCCAUAUUUAAAUCUCUUGAUUUUACAGUUAUUUGCAUUAGUUGGUUUACUACUACAUCCUGAAUCUGUAAGUCUGAAAGUUGCAACAGUUGCCUUCAAAAGUGGUAUUCAUAAUUCCAAGCAAAUUUGAACAACAAGAAAAUACUUUCAAAAAGUGUAUUUUGUACGUCCUACAAAAGUUAUGAUGAUUUUGUUACUUUAAAUAUUUACUUUUGUUGAUAAUUGUUUCCAAAUUAUCAUUGUCUUUCCAUUCCCUGUAGAUGUAUUGUGUUGUGGUGAAAUCAAGUUAGCCAGAAGAAAUUGUGGAUGAUAGUUAAUUUCCCUUCGAAAAGUGUAAACAUGCACGCAUCGUUUGAGGCUUUUCCUCAGAAAAUAACGGCAAAUGCACCAUGUUAAAAGAAAACUGCAUUGGCGUAUAAUUAUAAAACCAUGUGCUGCUGUGCGCACAUGCAGGAUGUGGCAUUGUGCAUGAUACACGUGUCGUGAACUUGCAUGUUUACACGUGUUCAAAAUGAAAUUUUAAAACACGUUGUGAAUAAUGUUCUUGAGACAAUCUUUCAGAGAAAAUAUCUAUAUAAUUAUACGUUGUUGCUUUGAAUAUCAACGAUUAUGUUUGUGCUGUUAGGCAUUUGAUCUUGUUUCAUUUGUCUUUUCGUAAGUGAAUCAAAAGUUCAUUCUAAAUGACCAUAGUGUGUGAAAAUGCUGAAAUGAAGAGCAAAGUACGUAUACCACUAUGAGAAACUAGAUAUUUUACUGUCAACGCCAAGAGAGAACAAAUCAGGGAAUAAUAUUCCAAAGACGCCCAAGUUUGCUGACAUGACAAGCGUUUAUUGGGAGUACCAUUCCUAGCCAGCCAGGUAUCUUCGUGCGUACCAAAUCGUAUUGUUGCCCAAAAUAAAUCAAUAUGAUGUGGACAUGUGUUCUAGCUUCCGGGAUGUAGAGCGACUCAUCUGAUUCAGAUGUAUGUGUUAUGUCAGUAAGCAAGUUCUUGUAAAACAAUGACGACUUUCAUUAUUUUUUCUAGAUUAUUAAAAAAAAAUACAAGGAUGAAAAAAAUAGGAUGCGAGAAAAAUUGAGCCAGCUUUAUUAAUAACGUUAUAUUAACGUGUAAGAUACCUUCAAAAUAAAGUUAAUAGAUUUUUUGGUUUGAUAAAGUAGUUAACGAAAUAAUUCUAUGAGAGUAUAUUAAUUAUUUAAUUGUAAUCGAAAGAAGAUAGUUAUAUGGAAAUCAACUGUAUAUAAUGUAAUAUACGUGAAAUGAUACCUCUCAGAUAUAUUGUACGAAGCGUUUGAAAACAAGAGAAAGAAAACUGGAAUAAAAUGAAGAGAUAAAAGACAC